AUGGCAGGCUUCGUCAACCGCGAAAACCGCGUUCCCUACUACCAGCAACUCUUCCAGGAGGGUCAGAAGAAGCACAUCCGUCAAUGGAACCAAACUGCUCGAGGACGUGGAAUGUUGCGAGUGUACUAUGGUACCUUUAUUAUUACCACUGCUGGAUCAAUGUGGAUGAUGGGUCGCAUGGUAUUGGGACACAAGACCUGGUGGGGGAAAUAA